AUGGACGACGGCGAAGAGCCAGAUGCGCUGCUGCCGGCGCACAUUUCGACUCAAGAGCAGUUCUGGGCUGAACUCGACGGCAUUCUUUCCUCAGCAGAGGACGACCACGAAGAGAUCGACGAUGUAUUGCGCGCAUUGUUAGAAUUGGUCGCCGUGGGCCAGGAGAAAUUCCUUGAGACGGAACACGAGAUUCUAGGAUGUUGCGAACGGUUGCGCACGGCGCAUUUCUUCGACUCUAAUCGGGAAUAUAUCCUCCGGCAACUCUUGGAGUGUCUGCUCAGCGACGACGAUGUCUACACAAUCCACAUCGCGGCAUCGGUGCUUCUUCUGGACGCUCGUACGAAUGGAGACUUUCAUGGAGCAAUGCAGGCCCUGGGUGCAUUCCCGCGCCUGGUUGACUUGAUCCGGCAAGCGACAGACAAUGACAAGGGAUUGCAUCGAACGCUCCUCGAACUUUUGUUUGAGAUGUCUCGGGUACAGAAGCUGGAGCGAGAAGACUUGACAACCGUGGACGAUGCUUUCGUUGAAACCUUAUUCGAGCUCAUCGAGCAAAUAUCUAAUGAUGUUGAUCAUCCAUAUCAUCCGCCAGUCAUCGGAGUAUUACUUGUUUUAAAUGAGCAAUAUAUGUGUCUUGCCAACGAGCCACCUUCGCCAUCCUCACCCAUCGAACCCGUGACGAACCGUAUACUCAAAAUACUAUCAUUACGCACUCGAUCAUUCAGAACAUUUGGUCAGAAUAUUGUAUUGGUUCUCAACCGUGAGAUGGAUCUCAGUCCUCAAUUGCUCAUCCUCAAGCUGCUUUAUCUGAUCUUCACGACGCCUUCUACCUACGAGUACUUCUAUACUAAUGACCUGUAUGUCAUUGUCGACGUUUUUAUUCGAAAUCUUCUCAAUCUCGAGCCGACUCAUGAGGGCGAUGCCUACGACCCCGGGAAGGACUCGCAGAGCGCCGGCCAGCGCGCUCUUGUGCACACAUACCUCCGAGUACUUUGCCCGCUUCUCAAGAAUACUCAAAUGGCACGAGAAGGCAGCAAUUACAAACGCGAAGAAGUUCGCAGGUUGUUGAACGUUCUUGCAAAUUACUCAUCCGACCACUUCACUCGCGUCGACACCACUGUUCUCAGGCUUGUCCUCCGUUGCAAGCAAAUUGAAUGGCUACGUGAUGAAGGUGACGAUGAGGUUGAAGUCGAGCUGAAUCGGAAACUUGCCGACGCCGAAACUGCUCCGACCAGCGCUGAUGUGGCGAAGAAACUCCUUGGCAUGUCCAUCGACGAUCGAUCGAUCAGCGACCUCAGCGUGACGGAGAUGUCGGCCAACGUCACCGACGAGACAAUGGAAGUGAAAUCAGCAGAAGAUUCCGCAAUCGACUCAUCUCCCCCGACUCCCUCCAAGGAGACCAAGAAGAGGCCAGUCGCACCUCCCCCUCGACGGAGAACGAAGCUUAAGCUUGGCGUGUCGACCAAUGGUGCAUCGGAUGUGAAAGAGGUCAAGGUCUCUGAUGCACCGACCUCUUCAAACACUACUUUACUUCCUGUGCCUGAUCCAUCCGGCCCGGAAACUCCGGGCAGUGGUGGGAUUUCUUUGAAUCAAGCGGAUGCUAGUCCCUUCGCAGAUGAAAAUGAGGAGCGCUGA